AUGCGAGAAACUCUGGAACCAUACAUCUUAGGAGAAAGAAGACCGACCAAACGGAUAGCUCUGCGCUGUAUAAUGAGUCUAUUCGACCCGCUUGGACUCUUGGCCCCUUACUUAAUACACGGUCGUAUGCUGAUCCAGGAUACUUGGCGCUCUGGUAUUUUGUGGGAUGAAGAAAUGCUCGAUCCGGAGUUCGAGAAAUGGAAGCGAUGGACCACGCUUCUCCGGGGAAUAAAAAGGCUACAGAUUCCUCGGUAUUAUUUUUUCCUCGUAGGACCCGGUCCGUACCAAUCUCUUCAACUUCACAUAUUCACGGAUGCCAGCGAAGCGGGUUACGGAUGUGCAGCUUAUUUCCGAGCAGUUAACAAUGGGACUGUGCAGUGCUCCCUAGUGAUGGCCAAAAGUAAAGUGGCGCCAUUGAAAAAACUCUCAAUCCCGAGAAUGGAGUUACAAGCCGCCGUUCUGGGAGCGCGAUUGAUGAAGACCGUUAGCGACAGCCACACAGUGAACAUCACCGGCCGUUUUCUGUGGACAGACUCGACAAGUCUUGUCGUGGAUCCGUACAGAUCACAGACGAUAUAA